AUGUUCGCCUUCACUCAUCUCUUCGUGUUAUGCCUGGGCUUCCUUGCGUUCACGCAUUCCCGUGGAAGCCCUCUUACGUUCUUGCCGUUCCCCGCAGACGUACAACGGAGUCUCCCAGUCAAUUUCACGAUUUCUGCUCUCAACAUAACCCUACCGAACACGAAUACAACCGGCGCACCUAUGGUCCUUGGGCAGGAUGGUGCUACUGGGGGCGCUCAAUUGGAGGUCCUUUCUACUUGGAACUCCUUCCCAUAUAAUGAUUUCCCCGCUCUGUCCCUCUUCGGAGGCCAGUUAAGAGCAUUCACGAAACGAGGGGAGUGGAUCACCAAUGCUACCGCUCCAAGUCGCGGCCAGCCAUUGGGUUGGCUUACGAGCCGCCUCUACCACACGACUGCCACGGACUAUUCCGUAGUACCGGUCUAUGGACUGAACCUAGCUAAAUAUGUGUUGGCUGCAAACGAGAGGGCAGAUUUGUGGUCUUUAUGUUCUUGGAAGGGGCCCCGCGGACAGACCAACGUCGUGUUCGAUGUAUCUGCCUCUCCGCCGAACCCUGGAUAUGAUAUUGCUGAUUGUUAUGGUGUAUGGCUCAUCGUGGUACCUACCUUACCUCCUCAUUCCAAGUAA